UCUUAAGUCAAGCAUCAUGUGGUUAAAAACAUUUAAACCACUGCUAAUCUUCCAUCUAAAGAUUUGUAACUUAAUAAAGUGCAAUCUAUUUCAAUGGGACGCUAUCUCAGAACAAAUCGUCGUACCAAAAAAAAUGGCCCAUUUAUCACCGCUAUUUUCAAAAAUUCCAAGUUUUAUCUCACCUCGUAUACGUGCUUGCGAUGGCGUUAAAAAUUGUGCUAGGAAAGGAUCCUUUAGGAGCAAAAUGUCAAGGUGGUGUUUUCCUACUUAUUUCGCUUACUCUCUUUAUAACACGAUGUCACUUUGGAGCAACCAAUGAACCGUGUCAAAGUUUGUAUGCGUUUGUCACGUUUGAAAAAACGAUACGAAAAAAUGGUAAGGAAAAUUAGUUGAAAUUGUAAAAAUGCCUGAAUCCAGGUCAUAUAUCGCCGUACUAGUUCUGAAAAGACAUAAGUGCAGUCGAUGCUUAAUUUAAAAAAAAGUUAACGGCAGUCGAUGCUUAAUUUGAAAAAGACUUAAGUCUUAAGUUUUAGCCCGACCCAGGGCUUAUGUACCCGUGUUGUCCGUCCGUCUGUCCGUCUGUCCGUUCGUCUGUCCGUCUUGCGAUAACUCUCUUCAAACUGAUCCGAUCGACUUGAAAUUUGGCACACAGUUACAACAUGCAAAGUUAGGAAUCAAGUUCGAAGAUGGACUUGAUCGGUCAAGUGGUUGACCGGUGGGGGCCAUUUUAGUGGUAUGGGUCAAGGGUGCCGAAAAUUAAAAGUAGUCGUAGAAAGCUGAAAUUUGGUACAGAGGUAGCUAAUAGCUUCUGAUGGAAGAAUAUGAAGUGAAAUUCGAAGAAUUGUUUUUAUGAGUGACCCUAGUGGGUGACCCAUACCGAUUUUUGAAAAUCCUCCGAUCGAGCUGAAAUUUGUCGUGGAUGUCGCCAAUGACAACUGGUGGGAGAAUAUGACUUUAAAUUGGGAAAAUAUUCAUUUUGAGAGAACUUGUGGGGUGACCCACACCGAUUUUUCAAAGUCAUCGGAUUUAGGCGAAAUUUGGUAUAUACCAUGAUAACGGCUUCUAAUGAAUAAAUUUGAACUGCAAUUUGAAAAAUUAUUAAAUUGUGGGGCCGUAUGGGAUGACUCAUACCGAUUUCUCAAAAUCCUCCAAUCGAACUGAAAUUUGGCAUGUUCGUUCCAAAGACGAUACAAACUAAUAAUAUGAAGUCAAUUCACACAUAUUGUUAACCAUUGUGUGAUAAUCCCUGGGUCGGGCUCCGCAAAGCUUUACUAGAAGUUUUUAAAUUAAGCAUCGACUGCACUUAGGUCUUUUCAGAAUUAGAUCGACGAUAUGUAUUCUUUCCAUUCCUUUAGGUCCACUCCCCCCACCAUCAAUGGAGGGCUUUCUCCUCGCCCAGUUUCUCAAACUCUUUGCCGUCACUUCUGUCAUAAUCCCACUUAUGGUUGUCGUGCUGCAACUUCACAACCCUUGUGCCGUUCCUUUUUUCGGAUCAAUGUCGCCAUUUUGCAAAGGCAAUACAUGGACACCUCCUCCCACGUGGGUUUGGUUAUUAAUGUUAAGCACUGAAUACUGGUUAUGGUUACAUAUCGCGUACGAUGGAACUUUCUACAUGUUUUACACCUUCUUUCCCGCUAUUGUUUGCAUGCUGGAUUAUCUCCAAUAUGUGGGAAGAUUAAUAAAUGCUAUGGACCUAGGAGAUAAUAAGGAAAUUCUUGUAAGACAAGUUUUGCACACAUAUCGUUCCAUCCAAUUGUUGGAUAACGUUCAAAAUUCUGCCAUGAAGGGUGAAAUGGUACCAGCAGUGCUCGGACUUAUUCCACAAAUCCAAGUGUUUUCCCUAUUCGUGUGCAUUCGUCUCUAUUCAACAAGUCAAAAUCAACGGAAAUAAAAGAAAGUUUGGAAAUUGUAUGCAUUCUAGCAGCCAAGGUAUUUAUAACCAAAUUUGCAAGAGUCGUAUCCGUCAAAAUUUUUAUAAAUACAUUGGCUGCUAGAAUGCAUACAAAUUCGGGUAUUUUGCUGUCAGAGUUGAACCAAGGGCUGAAGAGUUUUCCGGUUAGGUCUAGUUUUAGAAAGGAAUUGAGAGCGUGUCGACCAACUAAGGUGCAGUUUGGACAGAAUUUUGUAGAUAAAGGAACACCCCUUGUGAUAGAAAACUUUUGCAUUAAUCAGACCGUAUCGGUACUACUGCUACAUAACAAGAGUAUUUAGUGGUUGUUUGAGUUAACCUUUUGGGAGACCCAUUAACUUUCUCCUUAGCCGUGAAGCUCGGAAAAAAUGUUCUUUUAAUUUGACAUAUUAUUGUACAUCAAAUGUAUGUAAUAUAAAAUACAAAUGUAAUUUUUGUUUGAUAUAAUUUCAUAAUUCUGUGUAAGAACUUUGUGUUUUUCUCAAAGUGUGAUUUAGAACAUUAUAAGGCAAAACUGCCACUUAGGUAAAAAUUAUGCAGCCAAAAUUAUGAAAAUUAAAAUUGUUCAAAUUGAUUUAUAAAACAAGUUAUGUUAUGUUGUUGGUAACUUUUCUGCACAAAGAUGUACCUAUAAAAAAUUUAGACUAGUUUUUUCAAAAUUUCUUGCUACACUAUAUCGUAAUUACCAUAGUGAAAUAGAAUUAUUUAGUUUUUUUCAAUAAGUCGCAACAUUUAUGUGCGACUUAUUCAACUUAGGGGUUGGGGUCCAGAGGAAUAGAAGCAAGUAGUUUCCGUCGGCAUACAACAUGCUUUAACGGCUGGAGGCCGACAGAAACCCCUGUCCCUACUUCCUCUGUUCUAAUUUACACCGUUUCAACGCCGUCGUCUUGAUCCCCUGA